CAGUUGUCGCAGCGCACGAACUGUGUUCGAAUGUUUUUUGACAUACGAGAGCUGAAACGCAAGUGGUGUGUUCUUGGAUACUCAAGGGAACGUGAAAAUGGAGAGCAGCUCUUUAAAUUUCAUCAAUUUUUACUCUACAUCCGAGUCCAUAUCAUCUAACCCUAACGCAACCUAGACCUCCUACACCUAUACAACACAAAGAAUUUGCUGACGGCGCCAUCGUGUCUUCGUGAAAGAGAAAAUCAUGUGAGGGGUACUUUUUUUGUUUGGGUUUUCAACAUGGAAACCGAUGCCAAAUAAUUUUGCAUCGGUUUUUUCUUGUUGACAGAUGAAGACCUCUAACUAUAAUAUCUACGAUUUCCAAUUCCAGAACGACCUGAUCGUUUCCUCGAAGCAAUAUAUCUGUUCACUAUGUCGACGAAGAUGCAGCGUGGCACUGGCGGAAAAUCCUCGCCAGUAGAGCCCACCGACGGGACAGAACACGGAGUGCCCUCGCCGGAUCUGUUAUGGUAUCUGCUCGGCUCCUUCACCGAUAAGGUUUCUGCCGCCCUUGUCUCUGCUUUCGAGGGUGCCGAAAAGGUCGUACUGCCAACCUGGGCCCUUCCAACGAUAGCGAUUCUCACGGUCCUCGUCGUGUUCCGGUGGCGAAUACUGGUUGGCAUUUUGUACGGUUGGACGUGGAUGAGACGGCUCAAGCGGAGUAUUUUCGGCGAUCCACUUGCUGAUCGUCUAAACAAACCAACCGCAGUGACCUUGCAGCCUGAAGAAACUGGGCUGCACCAGUUGGACGUCAAGAAGGGCACCUCUUCCGCGUCACAACAACAAACGUCGGCGGAAACCGCCGGCAGCCACGGCUCCCCAGGCAAAGAAAAACUGGAUUUGGGACAGAAGAUCAAAGCCAAGUGGAAAAAACUGAUCCAGAAAGAUAAGGAAGGAUAAACAUCUGCUAAAGUUGUACUUAGUUAUCACAACGGUAUUAAUCGGGGAUCGCUGGUCGCACAAAAAUAGCAGGCCGCGGCUUGUUCUUCGAAUAAAGAUUGCCGCGUCUCGCUACGGUUCGUUGCGGCUCGCUCCGGUCCUUUUCAGCCCUGCUCCGAUGAACUUGCAAUUCUUGCAAAAUUUCAAUUGGCAACGACAAGAAACCUAGUAAGUCUAUCCUGUCAUCAAAAAGAACGCGACCAGAGGCUUUCUUGCUCUGGCUGCUGAUGAAGCCUAAGUGUGAGAACGCGGAGAUGAUUUUCACCUGUGUACGUGACGAAGCUGCUUCGUGCACCGCGAUGUCGUUUCAACCGGUUCCUCGAAAGAGAUAUGUGAUAGAUGUGAUUCCUC